GUCAACAUGGCGACCCUGAUGGCGACCUUUACAUUGAUUUUGUUGUCCUUAUAGGAUCUUCAUGUUGACGCGGUGACAAAAUGUACAGAGUAAGUGUAACCGUAAGAGGAUCAUUGUUUCGUUAUUGCUUUUAUGUAAAGAAAAGCACAGCAAGUAGCGUACAAGGGCUUAUUGACCAGCAAAGCCAAGGGAAUACUGUAAAAGGUUCAGAAGGGGUAAAUUUUCUGCGAUCAGAAGAAAAUUCAUUUGCUGCCUCUAAGAGAGGUUCGUUUUUUCAAGAAGCACCAAGACUGAGGAACCAAUUUAAUGGCGAUUUCUUCCUGCAGUCGUAUUUGAGGCGGAAUCUUCCCAGUGAGGUAAGGUUGGAGCUAACACACUUGCAUAAUCAUCGUGGAGUCACUUGUGGGGUCAUCCCCGGUGUAAUAUAAUUUAUUUGUUUUCUUUGUUUUAUGGACUAUUGUCAGGGUUAAUUAGGUUCAUUGUUAAGAAAGUUUUGUUUUUACGUCAGCUUUGAGUAGUAAAUUAUAUUACACUGGAGAUGAGCCACUCCUAAAAGGUACCAGAAUCAUGUUUUAUGAACGUCUCCCAAAUUCAUUUCCACCCCUAAGAGGUACCAAUUCAACAACAACAAAUUAUGUAACUGGCACUACAAAUUUUAAUAGUAAUAAAGAUAACGUUUGAACACUUUUUUCUCAAGGACUUUUUGAAAGUAUUGUUAUACUCUUCAUCCUAAUAAAGCUUAUCAACUCUGGCAGCAGUCAUUUUAGGUUUUUAGAACCCUAAGUGGUACCAAUCCACAAAUUUAAACCCCUAAUAGGUACGACGAGCAGCCCUGUUACUUUUAUGCAUUGUGUAUGUAAAAUUUUAAAUGUAUAAGCUUACAUAAAUCUCUUGUCACUUAAAAUUGACUUUUACACUAUCACAACGUAUAGGGUUUAAGCGGCCAGAUUGGGUCAUCUUUGUUGCAGAGGUACUAACCUCUGAAGAACUUAAUUAACCAAUUAAACCUGUCCCUUUAUGAUUGACAACUCACCCCACCAUACGCCACUCCUCAAUUACAAUACAAACACAAAUGUACUAUCCAUUUUCCAGGCAUUGAGGCGCAUUUUGUGGGCCAAAAUGGAGAAUUUAGCAAGCAAAAAUAUAUUUUAGUUCAAAGUUCAAAUCAUGGCUGUGAAAACACAAAACAGCAAAGAAGUUGUAAAUUCUCAAUCUUCUCAGUAGAGGAAGAAGAUCAUCCAUUAAGUUGGGUGAUACUGGCUGGAGAUUUCUGCUUGAAUGCUGUGGAGUGGUAGGCCAUAUUAAAUUUGUUUCUUUUGGACCUACCUGAACUUGUCCAAUCCGGCGCGCGUAAAAUAGCACCGGGGAGAUGCGCUUAUAAGUAAGGCUCUAUGGUCACAUUAUGGAAGUAGUCCGUCUAGCUGAUCGUGGAGCCGUGUUCCCCCCUUUACACCACAUGUUUUGUUGUCAUGUUUUUAUUAGACUUCAAUUUAAAUCCUGGCUAAAGGAACUGCGACAUUAAUGACCCUAAAUGGAACCUGAUUCACUCAGUUUCCUAACCCUAAUCACUUAGCUUCGACAGUGUAGUGUGUAGUCCAUUCUAGGGUAGUCCAUAUGGGUCGUCCACGGGCUGGUCAAUGGACUGGGGGUCAGUGUUUUGUCCACCACCAUUGUGCUUUUGCAGGGUACCAAAUUAUGGGCUUAUUUUGGAUCUGAUUUGUCAUUUCCUCAUUGGGGGUGGUAGAACAUUUUUUUACUAAAGGUUCCACAGCUGAUGACAUUCAGCAGUGAAAUAAAAAAAGUAGUUACAGUUUUUAUUCAAAAAGCACCCGACCUCGAAGUAGCACCCACCUCGAAUAAGCACCCAUCCUAAAGGCAGAAAAAGUUAAUAAGCACCCAGCCUCGAAUAAGCACCCACCCUGCCCCACCCCACCCCCUUCCUCCUCCCAAUGAGACACUUCCCCGAAGACAGAGUUUUCUUCUGGGACAGAGUAAAAACCUUACUUUGUUACAUCUUCGCAUUUUGUUAUUACCAUUUAUUGUUUUGUUGCAAAAUAAACAUAUUACACUUGCUGAAAGUGGUGGCCUCAAAUAAGCGCCCGCCCUCAAGGUUGAAAAAUUUAGUAAGUGCUCAGGGUGGUUAAUCAAAUAUAUAUGGUAAAAGAACUUAUUAAUUUCCCACUUCUCAUUCACAAACUAAUAUGUGUCCACAUUAUUUAUUUUAAGCUGGCGUUUCAGCAAAUAUAUCACCCAGAAGUUGUGUUUCAUACAGGCAACAAUUUACUUAAGUUUCCUGUCUGGGAUUCAGUUGAAUUUAUUUCCUCCGAACAGCUGUGAAUGCAAGAUUUUCUCAUAAGAUUUUGAUAAAUGUGAGAGAUUAGAAUUUUUCAUCAUCAAAUAAAUCCUGUUAGAAUAUGCACUGAAGGGUUUUACAGACUCCUGCUCUGUUUACAGGUGUUACAAGAAAUUAGUCCUGACUUAGAAAACUUUGGACACAGAGUUGCUACUGAUAUACACUCCAUGGGAAAAGAGUGUGAGCUUCAACCACCAAGACUUGAAUAUUUUGAUGCAUGGGGCCAAAGAGUGGACAAUAUCCAGACAUGUCAAGGAUGGAAGCAAUUACAUGAUGUUGCAGCUGAAGAAGGACUGAUAUCUAUUGCUUUUGAAAGGAAAUAUGCCCAAUGGAGGUAUUCUCCUUUUUUUUGUUUACAUGCUCCUAGCAUUGCAAUGUACAUGUAAGGCAAAAGAAGUCAUUUUUACGACCAGGGAUCAAAGUUUACAGCCAAAGUUCACAAAGCUGAACUCAAAAAAGCGGAAAGGAGCAUAGUACUCUGAACCUGUUAAAUCCAGGGUACCCAAUAUAAUACGUGAACAUGUAUGAUUUGUAUAAAAAAAGAUUUUCUAGUUGCCCAGGAGCAAAAGUUGUCUCCUCGCUACUGGUCAUAUAAGUUAAGAUUUUUGUAAUGUUCAUGAUAAAUCCCAACAUAUUUUUAAUUUUCUUUAAAUGUUAUUUGUUGUCAAGUCGUUUAUAUCAGGCUGCAAAACUGUUUAUGUUUUGCCCAUCAUCUGGUUUGUACUCCUGUCCACUAGCAAUGACUGAUGGUGCAGCCAAAACAGUUGAGGUAUGAAAAUUAUCUCUUUUCUUUGCUUAAAAGAAACCUGUACAUCAGUUACAAUGGGUGUCAACUGCUUUUGUUCGGGAUAAUUUCUUGGUCAUCAUGUUGCAUUUACUGUAUCCUAGCUAACUCCACUAAAUGGGACUGAGUAGUGUGGUUAGCGUUACAUAGCUAAUUUCCCAUUUUCCGAUGCACAUCACCUAAUCUCUCCAAAAGUAAUGUCUUUUGAGCUUUUCUGUACUAUGGUUAUAAUGAAUUUAGCCCCAUUUUUUCCCAAAACCCAAAACGUUUUCAAUUCUAAAGUUCAAAUUAUUACUGCUUUUUGUAGCAUUUUGUGCUUUUUCUUUUGACCUGCAAAGUUUUCUUCUGUCAUUACAGUCAUGGAAAUGAUUUAAGGACUGAGUCAGUCUGUGUCUUAUUGCUAGGAGGGAGUGGGAUGGGCUGAAAAUGUGGGACUGCAAAAGAGGAAGUCUCCAUUUUUCCAACUGCUACAACCAUGUCUUGGUUAACCUUCAGUUGGUAGGCAUUGCGGUUACCAUAAUUUUUCCUUCAUUUAAAUCGUGCAUUAUGUUUCCUUUAGGAAAGACUCUCAAACUUUUGACUUCCUGAAUAUUGUAUUGACAUCUGCUUAAAAAUGACUUAAAUGCGUAGAUAGAAGUUUUUCAAAAUGAUAUAUUAAUUCAUUUGCCUGCAGGUUGCUGGUCUAACAAAGCAGCCUAGUAUGUUACAGGAUGCGUACAAGCAUUUGAUAAGCAGAGAUCCCAAGACAUUCUGGACUUCAGGCCAAUGGAUGACUGAGCGGAAAGGAGGUUCAGAUGUUGGUAAGUGCUUACACUGCACACGUAGCAAAUAACCAUGAAGACAGAGAACAAAAGUGAAAGUGAUGAAGGGGAUUUAUAAAUCACUGGACUCAACAUUGAUAGAAAAUAGUACAUUUUUCCCUCUAGCAUUUUGAACUUUUUGGUACUUACCGGUAAUAUGUUCUUUGACUGUUUUAAAGGGGCAGGUCAAUAGUUUGUACUCAAAAUCGAUUUUUCAACAUUUAUUAAUAUGGAAGGGUACUUCCUUAAGGGCCAGUACAAUAUAGACUCAGUUUACUGUGAAGUUUAUUAACUGAGACCCUCAAGUUUGGUACUCCCUUAAGGUAGAAGAUCAGAAGCUAUUCACAUAAGACUUCACCGCAACAAUACCCCCUGUAGGGACAGUGGAAUUGAGAUUCCAGAAGCAUGAAUGCCAGCAUCCCAGUGGUACCACAGCAGACCACUGAGAAAACAGUUUCUUCCUCGGUCAAUACCAGCAACUUUAGCUAUGGAUUGAAACCCACCAACCAUGAGUGAGGUUUGGGUUACACGAUUAAUCACAAACAACCAUGGUAGUACUAAUACGUUGGUAAAUCAACACCAUUGCCUGAUGAAAACCUGUAGUACAUUUGAUUUUCAAAUAGCACAAAAAUAAUUGGUUAGACACACCCUCAGUUUUCUGGGAAGUGACUGUGGAUUGCACUCUGGUACAAUGUAACUGAAAGUUCACAGGAAAAUGUAGGUACAGGCUAACUAGCCAAGACAAAUGAAGUACAACCAGCCAGUAAUCAUACUAGUUCUUCAUAUUUUUGUAGCAAAUGGCACAGAGACAAUAGCAGUUCCCCAGGGUGAUGGCAGCACCUACAGACUGUUUGGUUACAAGUGGUUUAGCUCAGCUACUGAUGCUGAUAUAACUCUUACGCUGGCUAGAGUACAGAACCCUGAUGGAACAACACAACCUGUAAGUAUUGCAUCUGCCUAUCCAAGGUUCCAGCAAGUUUUUUUUUAUUGUCUUCGCCACGUGGAUUUAACAGUUACAUUCACCACUUGCAUAUUUCCCAAAAUGCACCUUGUUUGCCCCCCAAAAUUUUGCACAAGCAUUUUUUUCAAUUUCUCGUGGGACGGCUGUAAUACCUAGGAGAAAUGAGAAACAAAGGUUAAGCAAAAUUUCGGUGGACAAACAAGGUAUAUUAUGGGAGAUGUGCUUUCUUUUGGCGUUAGAGGAGGUAUAAACAGUUAAAGAUCAAGUUGUCGUGGGAUAUAUAUUUUGCUCUUUCACCAUCUUCAUUUUUUUCUUGAUUAACUCUUAGGGCCAGUUAUUUAAACGGGGUUUAGCCAGUGUUAAACAAAACCCCGUUCUAAGCCAUUUUCAGUUUGCCGAACGCUUUAAUAUAAACACCAUUUAUCGUAGACUAGAAAAGCAUUUGUCUUCUUAAAAUAACCCACUGAUGAAGAGAUCUGGUAGUCCAAAGUUUUCUUAAACCGCGGUUCAAGUUAGACUUUGUAUAAAUAACCGACCCUUAGGUUUUUCAAACCUUUAUUAAUCGGCCUUAUAGGUAAUUAAGAAAGCAAAAGUAACGUGUUUUGUGUGUUUGUGUUUUUUCAGGGAACCAAGGGCCUCACCAUGUUUUUUAUGCGGACACGAAAUAAAGAUGGGACAUUGAAUAACAUCGAAAUUCAGGUAGUGUUUAGGCUCAAUAGAACUUUCCACGUUUUUUUUUUAACUUUGACGUGGACCAGUUAAGGAAAAUCCGUCAACAUCGCUGGAAAAAGUGCCUUUAAAUUAGUAGAGUUGCAAAGUUUGAAAGUGAUUUCUUGACAACCAACGAAGAUAAAGCCCCUCAAAGUAGGGAAAUUUUAAAGACGUUUGUAUGGUGGGGGGUAAAAACUUGCUCCUCCCCCCUCACCCCACCAUAAAAACGUUGAUACAUUUUCGAGUGUGGCGUGACGUAUCACCUUCAAACUUGGCAAUGGUACUAAUUUAAAGGCGUUUUUUACAGUGGCGUCGACGGAUUUUCCAUAACUUGUCCAUGUCAAAAGUUGAAAAAGAAGGAAAAAACCGUGGAAGGUUUUAUUGCAUUAAAUCAUCUUUAGAUUUAUACAGGGCUCUUACUAUUGUUCUAGCCUGUACCAGGCUCCGAGGGUUGCGAGAUAGUCGGGUCCGCUGAAUUGAGAAAGCGCGAACAUGACAAUAAAACGGGAGGAACCUGGGAGAGCUAGGGCGGGGGAGCCUGUAAUCAUUUCUUUAAACGAGCCGUUCGGGGAUACCAGCUCCUGGUAUACCCUCUGAUUGGUCAGAUUUGACAGAUUAUAUCAACACUCUCAAAGCGGGUCGUUCCUGUCACUCAGAAAGAUGGCGUGCGGCGUCCACUGCGCGUGAAAUUGAGGGAUCCACGAUAACUUCUGUUUUGAACGAAUGUUUACGAGAUUUCCUGCAAAUAGGAGCGCUGAGGAACAGAAGACCUGCCUUGUAAACUUGGCACGUGGAAAACAUAUUUUUGCAAUCCUGCCGACCGGCUUCGGUCCUGCCUGAUAACGAAGUGGCAAUAACAGAACAGUCACAAGAAGGAUUUCUUUACGCGCUCCAGUCCAGGGUCGUAAAAGAAAUGAUUACAGGCCCUCCUUCCUUUUUCCUUUCUCCCGCCUCGCCAACUUUUCGCGUGCCUUUUUCUUUCGCCUUUUUGCCCACUGUUUGAGAGCCUGGAACAAGUUGGUAUUGUUCUGGAAGAAUAAUUUCUUUUCUUUGGCCUUGGUUAGAUGGUCUGCGGCCUUUUCGGCAGGUAAUUUCUGUGGGAGAAAAAGCAUGAAAAUGAGAUUGGGAGCUAGUUCGUUCUUUUGGCCAAAUGCUCACUCCACUGAUGGCACUAUCCUUUUUUUCAUACGCAAACGUACGGAAAGGUUGCUCACCCAUAAACACUUGGGCCUGUUAUCGAAGAGCUCAUAGCUAUGUGUUUCUCACCAGUACUAUUGAUUAUUUUGUAGAGACUGAAAAAUAAACUGGGUACAAGACAGCUGCCAACUGCUGAACUUCUUCUUCACGGAUCGCUGGCUCACAAGGUAAAGAAUGUGGCGAAUGUAGCUGUUGAAUCCGUAAUCGAGGCGAAGACAAUAAAAAAGAACUUGCUGGGACCUUAGAUAAGGUGCCCACAAGAGGUGAUCACUUAAUGCACUGUUUACAGUACUUUAGGGGAACUAUUUUCGGGAUUUUGGGAAGUCACUGCUUAAUUGACUGCAUUGUAGCACCAACUUACAGGUAAGGCAGAUGCAGUACUUACAGGUUGUGUUGCCUCAUCAGGGUUCUGUACGUUAGAAAAGAAAGGAAAGCAGGGGCGGAUCUAGGGGGAGGGUGCAGGGGGGUGCGCACCCCCCCCCCCUCCGUGAGAUGACCUGCGGUUUUCUAAUACAACUGGUAUUCUGCAAAAAAAAACUAUGUGGUUUAUUGGUGUUGAAGUAGAGCAAGAGACGAGUGCACCCCCUCCUAAAAAAAAUCCUGGAUCCGCCCCUGGAAAGGAAUACUAACUGUCUGUUAAUAACCCCAAUCCUCACAUUUCUCUCACCUUAUCAUAUUCCCGUUCAGUGUUGAGAAUUUUAGGACGGAUGUUAUUAUCUCGUUCACGUCCUCCUCAGUAUUCAGAACACGUUUUAGGUGACAUGUGAAUUUGUCAACAUUUAAUUCCUUGCUUUUUUGCCAUGGAUUCAAAAUGGCAAAUUUGGUAUAUAUCAAGUUCGAAUGUUAUUAUUAUCGUCCUGUUUUGUUGGAUUCAAAGGAAUCUCUCGUCCCUGAGCCCAGUUUAACGUCUAUGUAAGCUGAGAAAACAGCGGACAUUUCGUGAGGCUACGACUGGUUUCCUCGCGAAAUGCUUUCUGAGGAUCUGGGUAGUGAUACGUCAUCAGUAUGAAAUUUUUUUUGCGUUCGUUCUCCAGUUGGUGGCGUCACGCAAUGUCGGCGUUUUUCUUCAGGCUAACGUAUUAUAUGUUCCGGCUCAAUGUUAUCCCUGGUUUAUGUUUACAGUCGAACCUUUAUAUAACGGCCCUGUAUUAAGCGGCCAGUUUUCAAAGUCCCGAUUUUUCGCUCAUACAAACGCUGUAUUUGUUACCUGUAUUAGGCGGCCACCUCUAUUAAGCGGCCGCGGCCACCCUGUAGCAGUCCUAUCAGUUUGUCUUUCUUUGUUAUUUUGCUCGCAGGCUAUCAAGUCCCGAGGGUGGCCGUUAUAUAAAGGUUCGACUGUAUUUUCCUUUGUUUUAAACUCCAAAGCAAGGCAAAAUGAAAGUUUAAAACAAGGAUAAAAUUGAACCACAGCACCUAUAUUAGCUAUGACAUCCGUUAAAAACACCCACGUUCAAAAUUGCUACAUUAAAUUGCUUGUUUUGUUGAAUAUUCCUAGAUGUCUGAAGAAGGCCGUGGAGUACCCUGCAUCUCCGACAUGUUAACAGUAACGCGCUUUCACAACAGUAUAUCUGCAGCUGGAAUUAUGAGAAGGUAAAAAAAAAUACUCUCCUUUGUUUCUGGUGCGUUGUUGUUGUUAUGUAUUCUGUUGAGCAUUCAGUGCUGUGUCUUUUUCCCAUGUUACUUUCAGAAUCCUUUCAUUUCAGGAUUAUGACUCUGGCUCAGGAUUACUGUGUUAGAAGAUCAGUAUUUGGUAAAUUACUGGUAAACCAUCCUCUUCAUAUGCAGACACUGGCUAGAAUGGAGGUAACAUGUUUCACUUGCCGCCUUGUAUAUGUUGUAGUUAAUUUUUAUUUUUCUGUUGUUUUUGGGUAUGGAAAUGCAGCUAAUGAAUUUGAGACAACGGAAAAAUAAAAAUUGACUGAAUAAUCUAAAUUCAUACUGGGCUUCGAGGAUGAAGGGUAUAAAACAAUCCCUGAAUCGCAAUACAAUGCAAUUUUCUUACGUUGUUAUCCCCUCAACCUCGGAGCCAAGUAUGAAUUUCAACGAUUAAAAUAAUUCGAGACUGGCUUAUUACACAGCUUGUCCAACAUAGUGACACGUGCGCGCAGACUUAGUAUCCUGGUGAGGGUUGAAGAUAAACGCCGUACUGUCAAGCUUUAAUUCUACUGAGAGUUUAAUUUUGUUUUUGAUCAGGUGGAGACCCGUGCAGCCUUUCUACUCACAAUGGAGGUCGCUCUUCUGCUUGGUAAACAGGAGUGUAAUGUGUCCUCAGAUGAAGAGGUGCAUCUUUUGAGACUCUUAACACCAAUCGCAAAACUGUACACCGCAAAACAGGUGAGUCAGGUACAAACACCGGAUUCUGAGCGUGAAAAUAGUGUUAAUUGAUUGUGCUCGCGAGGCGCCCAAAUGUCCCUUUCCCCUUGUAACGCGUGCCACGCAGACUAACUCUUUUAGGGAACUGUUAAAUAAGCAAGGAUCCUAUCAUUUGUUUCCAGUCCAUGCAGGUGACCUCAGAAGGCUUAGAGAGUUUUGGUGGCCAAGGGUACAUAGAGGACACAGGUUUACCAGGUUUAAUGAGAGAUGCACAGGUAACGCAAGUUAUAGCAGACAGUGCGUACCGUUCUGAAGGCUUGACGCUUUUAUUUUGCAAAUUUUUCAGUGUAACUACAUUUGACUUACUGUAUUUUUAAGGUAUUGCCUAUCUGGGAAGGAACAACCAACGUUCUGUCAUUAGAUGUACUUAGAUCCGUGUUCAAAAGCGAAGGACGGGUAAAGUGCUGUUAAUGCUUACAUUAGAGGCCUUUUGUUUUGAAGACGAGAACGACUACGAGUACGAGGUUUUAUUUAAAGUUUUUUCGCGUAUUGUCAAGAAUAGGCCGCAAGGAAUGUUUCAUUGUAUAUAUAUAUAUUUUUUUUCACCAGAAAAGCUAGCACUGUUAUCUUUAUUGAAGGAGGUUAAGCCCUCUCCUGAUCGAAACAUGAUAAAACUUGAAACUUUUGAUAACUUGUUUCCCCGAGUCCGCCAUUACGACAUUCUCUCAAUCAAAGCCAGGGAAUUGAAAGCUGAGAGUAUACGGUCCCAACAGACCGUUCGCAGUAUGAACGGGACCUAAAACGCCUAGCAGUAGAAUGACGACGGCUACCUCGUUUUCCCGCCAAAAUGACGCUGGCUCACCCGCGAGCACAACUUAGCACUGAGAAAAUGUCGUACUCGUAGUCUCACUUGUCUUAGAAUCUAAAGGUCUCUCUUAAUUUCAUCUGAACAACGAGCUUUUGCUGUGCCUUUCUAAUGACAGGGAAAGUUAAAACGCUAGUGGGCAGAGUAGGACAAACACCCAGGGUGUUGAAAGGGCAAAAGUACUGCCUUUGCUUUGCAAGAAACCCUCUACUUAUCCAGCCACGCAUUUUUUGUUUUUGUUUUUGCACUUUCCAUCGGAUACCGGACUUUCUCGCCCAAUGCCCGAUACGGGCACAAAGCUGCCAUUCUAAGCGGUCACACCAUUCCACCUGACGUUCUAGCCGGGGGUGUGCAAAGCAAAGGUAGUACUUUUGGUCUUUCAACACCCUGGGUGUUUGUCCUACUCAGCCCACUAACGUUUUAACGUGUCCUGUCAUUGUAGCCGGUUUUUUCGGCCGUUUACUUGUCUCACGAGUCAGCAAAAACUGUAUACGGGACUGUCUGCCCAUUCUGAGAAGUAGUGAUUCAACAUUAGAUUACCUUGACUUCUUGACUUCACAGGUCUUGAAGGCAUUCCACGCUUGUGUGUCGGAAAAGCUGUCAAAGGCAUCCUCAUCCUGCCCUGCUCUGAAGAGUUUAUGUGAACAAGUUCAAUCUUCAAUGAACAGUCUGCUGUCUCCCAGAAACCACGAGCUACUCUCUGACUCGCUACUAGCGCGUGAUGUGGCUUUUAGCUUGGGAAGGAUCUACAUAGGUAUGCUGUGUAACUACCCCAGUUUGUUGUUGUUGUUGUUGUUUUUGCAUCACUUAUACGAUUAAUCUGUUUACACUACGAGUAAACCGAGCUAACUAUGAUUCUCCUUUCUCUCUGGUAUCGUUUUUCACGCGCACUUUGUUCCCUGAGAAAAUAAGGUAGUGUAUAUAUACUCCGUAACAAUUUCACUGAAAGCUUUACGAUUUCUUAUUUACACUCUAUGAGAGUGUUUGUUCACAAUCCCCAAUUUUUCCGUGUGAAGAUAGAUUGUCGAGAUGGUCAAUCGCUGCAUUCAAGAGGCCACUGUCGACGGUAAAACUCAUAUCAAAACCAACCCCAUAUUAAGCGUACACUCUUCGUUAAGUGGACGAGUGGGUUAGUUUGUUUCGAACAUUUUUCCCAUAAUUUCUGGCACAACGAAACUUUGUUUAGCGGACCGCUCUAUCAGGGGACAGCAGCGAAGUUUCCGUAAGUUUCUAGCAUCCCACCCCAGUGGAUUACUUAAAAAAGUUUCAAACAGGGAGGUUCCGGCCCGAGGUCCAACCCCUUACCCUCUUAUAAUACCAUUUUUUGUCAGAAAAAUGUAUCCCUUUCCUUUUCGUUCCAUCAAUAAAUGGUACCCCUUUCACAGACCUAGUUUAGAACUUUGCAUCCCCUUUAACUGCUAAUAUGUAUUGUCUUUAAAGAAUGAUUAAAUCUCAAAGCCAGAACGUUUUCUCGUCUCCUUCAAAGCCAUAAAAUGCAUCUAGUAGCUCUAUUGGGCCUUUUUACCCACCGAAACGAUACAUUUCCCUACCCUUUCAAAUACUUCAACAAGUGAAUUUAGUUUUCUCCUAAAAUUUGAUUGCUAUUUCUUCCAGCGUCGUUAUUUGUCGAGCAUGCUUCAUGGAAAGAGGCCAAUGAAAGAGAUAUUGAAGCCGCCAAAAGGUAGGAUAAUAAUAAAACUGUAAGUCAACGGUAAAUUUGUUAAGAAUGAAUGGUUCAAAGCAGAAUUAAAAGAAACAUUUUUAUAAACCUUUAGGUGGUGUCACCAAGACUUGACCCCAGUCCUUACGCAACUCAGAAACAACGCGUACGGCGCUAAGAGUUCUGCUUGUGACCUGGCACUGGUUAUGGAGGGACAUCCGGAGUUAGUCAUUUAAGAAAUGUGACGAUCUUUUAUUAAAACACAAGCUUGUGACAGCAACUCCCAUUUCUCUCACGUCCAUGAACAUACUGAAAAAAUCUUCGGCCCUCCUCACGUGUAAGUAGGAGACAACAACUGAAGAUGAACAUCUACUACUGUACUUACCGAUUUACUCAGCUACUUGCUUAGCUGCCAUGAGCCGAGUAGCUACCUAUUUAUGUAACUUUAUUGACUUGGUUAUUGCCUCAUUCAUAUCUACGUACGUGCCAAGCCGCUUCCGUCUCGGUUAUAUUCGACUUCGCCUUUGAAAUGUGAGCAACACAUGUUACAAACUCCUUUUGGCUACAUCAUGGAUAAUAGAAAGACUGGCUACAUGUAGGAUUAGCCAAACUAAACACGUCAUUUGGCCAUAACAGUAAAGAAAAGUAUUUUGCCGCAUGUCAUGAACACGUAAAAUUUGUGGCUAUCAAUUGGCUAGAGUUUUUACUGUGCCAUAUCCUCAAACUUUUGUUAUUUGUAUUGACGGUUCAAGCUUUCUCGCUAUAAUAUAGCAGGCUGUCUCAUUCUUGUAUAAUUCUGAGAGAAAACGUUUUUUUCUUUUGAAGGAAACUGAAUUUACAAUGGACUUUAUAAGUAAUAUAUGUUAACUGCACAGUAAGAUCAAAUGAAGUGGAUAUUUUUUUAAUAUUGAAGCCCAUAUAUUUAUCUCGACCGGUU